AAUGUGGGAGUGGCACACAUGGUGUUUGUUUGAUUGAUUGAUUGAGCCUUCUGAACAGUUUCUGACACUGAAAUUCAGCCAAAAAUUGACCCUCUUGGAAUUAAUUAGAAUAACUCAUUUUCCUCCCUUUCCACAUAUCAAUAGAACAACGAGAUUCCAACAAUUGAAAACUCCUAAACACCCCUUCCUUCUGUUCCUUUGUUUGCUGUGAUUUCAGUUGCUGCAUAACAGAACACCACUCAAUUCUUCUUCCAUCUCCCUUUUCACUCAAUUUCUCUGUUUGACAAAACUGCAAACCAGAUCAGUGAUUGACCCAAUUGAGACAAGCCUUGAAAGUUCCGUUUUUUUAGAGUUCUUGCUGGUUUUACAGGUGGCCCAGUUGGGAAUUCAAGAUGGUUCUGUGAUUGAAGUACUACUCCAUGAGAUACUUGGUUCAGUUACCUUUAUUCAUGACUGACACUCAGUUGAAGUGAUUCAAUCAUCCUUUUGGUCUGAGGUUGAAGCUAUUUGAUUUCUGAAUUUUUGCAAGUUUCUUGGUCUCUGGGUAUGGCUGGGAGCCAAGAUCAGCUAGAGAUCAGGUUUCGGCUGAGUGAUGAUUCGGAUAUUGGCCCUAAAAGUUAUUCUGCUGCUACUAGUAUUGCAACGCUGAAAGAAAGUGUUCUUGCUCAGUGGCCAAAAGAUAAGGACUAUGGACCAAGAACAGUUAAAGAUUUGAAGUUAAUUAGUGCCGGAAAAAUAUUGGAGAACAACAGAACAGUGGGAGAAUGUCAGAGUCCAUUGUGUGAUCUCCCUGGUGGAGUUACAACAAUGCAUGUGGUUGUGCAACCACCUUCUGUGGAAAAAGAUAGGAAAGUAACAAGUGAAGUAAAGCAGAACAAAUGUGUUUGUGUGAUAUUGUAGUGUCCAGAUUGAACAGAAGAUGUCAUCUACUUUAGAAGUCACACUUGUAUACAUUUUUAUGGCUUUCAAAAGAUUUCCUCAAACACAAACUCUUUGAUUGUAUGCCUCAAGACAACUACAGGUACAAGAGUUUUUGGCAUGUGAAGGAGUUAUUGCUUUCUCUUUUUUUUUUUUCUGCAUCUAGUUGCUGCCUCAUUGUCCAAUUGGUAUAAUUGUUGAUUGAAAUGAUCUCUACAGUUGUGCUUGUGCUUCAGCUUGGUGCAAACCAGUGUUAAACUUGUUGCUUGUUAAGUGAUUUAUGAUCAAUGUAAACAACUCUGUAUCAAUAAAUAUUUUUAGAAGAGCUACAUUUUAGUGAUCA